AUGUACCAGUUAACAAUCUUCAACACUCAUCCCGACACAGCCACAGUCAUCUCGAACCGGAACAGAACCCCUAUUGUUGGGGAACUUCCUACCUGUCACAAGCACCACAGAAGCCCCCGACAGCGACCACACCCACAGCCCUCUGUCACCAUCACAUCACCAAAAUCACCAUCACACCCAUCACACAGCCAACACCAUCUCAUGACUGUCAUCACCAUCAACCGUCCUAAGAUUCACCACCAAGUUCUUAUUAACGGCCAUAAUCCCCACCAAAAUCACCACCACAACACGAACCAGUCACCACAGAAAUCACCACCACAACACGAACCAGUCACCACCACAACACGAACCAGUCACCACCCAAAUCACCACCACAACACGAACCAGUCACCACAACACGAACCAGUCACCACAGAAAUCACCACCACAACACGAACCAGUCACCACAGAAAUCACCACCACAACACGAACCAGUCACCACCACAACACGAACCAGUCACCACAGAAAUCACCACCACAACACGAACCAGUCACCACCACAACACGAACCAGUCACCACCCAAAUCACCACCAAUUCCCCCUCCCCACCAACGAUCAGACUCUCUCCGUCAAUCACAGUGA